AUGGUCCAAGAAAACAAACCAGUUACUCACUCCGAUGCCACAGUUGGAGAAACGAGAACCGAAGACAAAUAUAAAGUCCUAGAAGAGAGAUUGGAAAUGAUUGAGGGCUUUAAUAUCUUUGGAGUUGACGCUAUGGGAACGUGCCUGGUGCCAAACGUCACCAUACCUCCAAAGUUCAAAACUCCUGACUUUGAGAAGUACAAGGGAGUCAGUUGCCUAAAUAACCAUCUCAGGAUGUUCGUCAGAAAUAUGGCUGCCUACGCGGCAAAUGAGAAACUCAUGAUGCAUAGCUUCCAAGACAGUCUAAGUAGGGCAUCCCUAGACUGGUACAUGCAGCUGGAAAGAACCCAUGUCAAGACUUGGGAGGACCUAGCUAAUGCCUUCUUAAGACAAUACAAAUAUAAUCUGGACAUGGCUCCCAAUCGCAUGCAACUUCAGAAUCUUUCCCAAAAGGGCAGUGAAUCCUUCAAAGAGUAUGCCCAACGGUGGAGAGAACUGGCCUCCCGCGUACAACCUCCACUUUUGGAGAACGAGUUAGUUGACAUGUUCAUGGGCACCUUGCAAGGCCCUUACUAA